AUGGUCCGGCAUGUUGAAAUUAACCAUACUUUUAAACAUCCAUUUGAGAAAGUGAUCAGUGCCUACUUUCAAAAGGUUUGUUCAAAUACGUCAUUACAGUACAUGCAUGUGUGUUAAUAAGUACAGAGCACAAUUAAGAAAUUUUUGUCCAAGCAGAAGAAUGCAAAUUUGUAAAUAAAAUGUAGAAUAUGUCUAAAAGGUUAAAGUACUCAACAACUCAUACGUUGUGAAUCAAAUUGUGAUUACUGUACUUUUGACCGCCACAUUUAUUUUUAUGUGCACAUUUCAAUGCUAGACCUCAUGCAAUGUAACGAAUUUCUAACAGUUGUACAAAAAUAAGGAGUUGAUAGUGACUGCCUCUUUUUCUUUUUCUCACCGUUGCGCACACUUGUGUUUACAUGUAUGCUCAACAAUAGUACACAUGUGGUAAGGAUUCCAAUGUGACCUCCAUAACAGUGUUGCAACACAAAACAGGUACGUAGUCUAUGUUGCUGUAGUCCACUUUUCUGAGGUCUCCAAGGGCUGUUUAUUUUGAACAAUAUGUAAUUAAUUAAUUUUCUAUAUCAGAUGGUAUCAGGAAAAACAUUGAAAUGGCCUUUUAAUAAUUAUUACUGUUGCAGUUCAUUUGAUUCAGUGGUGUUUCUAAUGAUAGAGAUGCUGAUAGAGACACUGCCUCAGUCAUUUUUAGAAUGACUGGUCCAUUACAAAUGGCCAAAACUGAUUUUACUUCAUUUUAUUAAUGAACUUCUGUUGGUACCAUUAUUGAAGGUGUCAUAUUCUAUAUAGUAUCAUAUAGACUAGUUAAUAAAUUUACCCACUUAUAGUACUUUACAGUUGUAGCAUACAGGACUAUUUACAAUAUGUGACCCUCCACAGGAAGUCAGGGAAUAAGGUGAACGUAUGCACAUGGCAUGUUUUAGCAUGCUUGCAUGCUAAUGGCAUGACUUACCUACUAUUGAUUCUGGAAAGCAUGUUGUAGCCAUUGUUCAUAUUUGUUUCUAUAACAUGAUAGAGAUUUGUUUCUAUAACAUGGUAGAUUUUUUUUUUUAAACACACUAAGUUCCUUUGUUUCAUUAACAGGCAAGCUUAUCUUGUGCAUGCCACCUUACUUUGUUACAUGUGUUUGUCAGCUUCUCAAUUGUGAAAAUGGUGUUUAUAAAGUAUAUUAUGUACAGAAUAUAAGCAGAUCUUCUGUCCAAGUCAAAAGUUGUAAUAAAAAAGGAAACAUUUACGGUAAAUCAUGGCUCUUUCCCUCAGGAUUUUCACAAUUUGCUAGGUGUAUCGAUGAGCUAAAAAGCUGUACCGCUUAGGAUGUACUUCUUGUACAAAUGGAAAGCAACUUUAACUUUAAUACUGGUGUGUUAUAAAAUGAUAUUGUGCAAAGUUGCAAGCAAGAUCUUAACACGUUUCUUUUGUUUCUACUGUACAAAGCAAGAUAAUAGCUGCAAAGUUAAUGAGGCAAGUAACCAACACGCAGCUAACAUGAUAAAAGUUAGUUCUUUUAUUUUAAGCGCACGAGUGUGCUGUGUGCAUGCAUGCACCUUAUUCCCUGAAAAUUCCCAUGGAGGGUCAUAGAUGGUAGUUUCCCCAACUUUAGUCACAUUCUCAUUUCUGCACUAUGUUUUUUUUUUUGCUGUGAUUAAGUUGGUUACAUUUUGUUUUGUUUUUGUGAUCUUGAAGACCCAGAAACUGGAGAAGAAUAUAUGUUAAGAAGAGGAGAGUGUGUGAAUGUUUUGCCUGGUUUCUUUAAAAAGGUAUGAACUUAUAACUAUACAAUUGCACAUUACAUUGAUUAUUGUUCUUGGAUGACAAUGCGCAAAACUAUUUUUUCCUAACAUUAGUUGUAUUACUUGUAAACAGAGUUCUUAGGUCUGAACUCCCAUCUCACUGCAAGUCCAGGUUUGGUUCAUACCUAUACUUUUAAACAUUUUAUCAUUCUUGCAUGUCUGUUAAAAAAAAACUAAAGCAUUUUGGCCUCACUCAUGUACUUUUAUUACUGUACUUUUUUAAUUUGUGAUCAUCUGACUUUGUUAAUCACUUGGAAUAAAUGAUUACCGACUGAAGUGAACUCCACUAAGUCCUAUUACCAUUACAUGUAGAGACACUUCAGACUGUUUUUUAUGGCAGCAUUGUUAUGUACUUCUUGAAUCAGCAGAUGGUUAAUAAUAUUUCAAGCACCCACAAAAAUAAAUUACCUUACAACAAAACUUAAAGUUGUUACUGUAAAUGUUCUAUUUCUAGCUAUGUCCAUUCCCAGCAAUUCAAGUAGAAGAGGAAGCAUGGCUCAAUAGUAAGGAGAGACGUCUUCGUCUUCAUAGUUACAGCCUUACAUGGUCUAAAUAUGCAUCCCUGGAAGAGUUCAGCACUUUUAAAGCAUGUGAAAACAAUCCAAACUGGUAUGUCACGUACCUCACGUACAUUAAUAAAAUUCUCAGGGACAAAUAAUGAUGCAAGAGGUAUAUGAGAUGGGGCUUUCGGCUGAAUGCAAAAGUGCAGCUAAAACCACCAUUUUUUCAUCCUUUUUGUCACUUGUUUUCCCUUAGGUCAGGGAGGAUACUUGAGAGUUGGUUACUCAAAACUAGUGAUACACAUUUAAAGCUACUUUAUGAGUUCAAAGAAAGACAUUUGCUUAUAUUAAACAAAGUAAAUAGCAAAAAUAGAGAUUUUGUUUGUUCUCACUCUUGAUUUCACAAGCUGUCAUUCUUAAUCCUGUGAAAUAUUACUUUGCAAUACAUGCAAUUUAUUCAUUUAGUCUUAAGUAUGUGAAAACAUAUUGACAUACUACUGUAGUUCAAACAAAGCAUUUACAUUCUGUUUAUACAAAUUGAGAAAACACUUUUAUAUGACUAAUACAUUUAACUUAAGUUGCUUGCUCUCCUGAACCAUGUACUUUUAGAUACUGAGACUGAAGAAUCAUUGAAAAAUCAUUAAAAAAUCAUUGAAGAAUCUUGGGAAAAUCAUUGAAUAAUCAUUGAAGAAUCAUUGAAGAAUCAUUGAAGAAUCAUUAAAGAAUCAUUGAAGAAUCAUUGAAGAAUCAUUGAAGAAUCAUUGAAGAAUCCUUGAAAAACCAUGGAGGAAUCAUGGAAGAAUUAUAGAUCAGAAGAGUAUUUUUGUAUGGUCUUAAAUUAUUAAUUUUGGUGUAAUUCCAACCAUGUUUUAUUAAAUAUCCCCUGGCAGGACAUCAUUUGAGCAGCGUGGUAGUAUCAGUGUUUAUGGUGUCGGCUCAUUUAUUGGAGGAAUGAUGGAAUCUUUUGGACAGUCAUUUCUUCAACGUGGAGCAAACAAGGUAAAAAAAGAUCAAUUUAAGAAAAUUAAGAAAUCACACUUGCUUACCUAUCACCUCUCAUUAACUUAAUAUGUUCAAAUUUUUGGUUAUUUUACCCAGCUCAGUUUUGUUUUGUUGGCAGGGUUUUAACAUUAUGGAAGAUCUGAUAAUGACAAUGAGUGGAAGGUAUACAGAAGCAUGA